AUGGUGACGGUCAAGGAGGCUGUCAAGGACAGCCUCAUGGGUACCGAGGCUACGCAAAUGUCCGCCCAGACCAAGGCGCGGUUCACGUCCAACGCCGUCAAGGAUCCCGAGACGGGCGAGCUCUACAUGGGGCCGGAGGAGUUUAUCACAGCCAUUGUGCCCAAGAACGAGGACUUUCACAAGAUCAAGCGAGAGCAGUACUCGAUUCUCUUCCGCGUCGCGGACAUGAAGAACUGCGGACGCGUCACCCUGACCGACUGGGGUGUCUUUGAGAACCUGCUCAUGAAGCCCGACUCGGAGUACGAGAUUGCCUUUCGCCUCUUUGACGUGGAGCGCAAUGGCACCGUGCGCUACGAGGACUUUCGCCGCCUGUACGAGCUGAACAAGGGACCGGAUAACAUCCCAUUUGACUGGGACUGCGAGUGGGCCAAGCUGUACAUUGGCAGCCGCAAGAAGCGCCACAACCUCGACUACCCGCAGUUCUCGCAGAUGCUGCGCGGCCUGCAGGGCGAGCGCAUCCGCCAGGCCUUUCAGCUCUUCGACAAGGACGGCGACGGCUACAUCAACCCCGAGGACUUUGAGCGCAUCGUCGUCGAGACGGCCAAGCACAAGCUGUCAGACCACCUGCUGGAGAACCUGCACACGCUGUGCAACAUCUCGGCCGGCAGCAAGAUCUCGUACGCCAACGUGCGCGCCUUCCAGAACAUGAUGAAGGAGAUGGACCUGGUCGAGCUGAUCCUGCGCCGCGCCGUCGAGGGGUCCGCGGACGGCAAGAUCACGCGCUCCGAGUUCCUCAACGAGGCGGCCAAGAUCACCCGGUUCUCGCUCUUCACGCCCAUGGAGGCCGACAUUCUCUUCCACUUUGCCGGCCUCGACAAGCCCUCGGGCCGCCUAGGCCUGAGCGACUUUGCCAAGGUGCUAGACCCCUCGUGGAGGAACCCCAUCUACGACGCGCAGGACCAGAGCAGCACCGUAGCGGCGGCCAAGUCGGCCAGCGGCCACGUCCUGCGCAGCGUCCUCGAGUCGGCCUACAACUUUGGCCUGGGCUCCAUGGCCGGUGCGUUUGGCGCCUUUAUGGUGUACCCAAUCGACCUGGUCAAGACCCGCCUGCAGAACCAGCGCGGGGCGCAGCCCGGGCAGCGCCUGUACAAGAACUCCAUCGACUGCUUCCAAAAGGUGGUCAAGAACGAGGGCUUCCGCGGGCUGUACUCGGGCGUGCUGCCGCAGCUGGUCGGCGUGGCGCCGGAAAAGGCCAUCAAGCUGACGGUCAACGACCUGAUGCGCGGCGCCCUGGCCGACAAGACGUCGAGCCAGCUCAGCCUGGCGUCGGAAGUCAUCUCGGGUGGCACGGCUGGCGCGUGCCAAGUUGUCUUCACCAACCCCCUCGAAAUCGUCAAGAUCCGCCUGCAGGUCCAGGGUGAAAUCGCAAAGACGGUCGACGGCGCGCCGAAGCGGUCGGCCAUGUGGAUCGUGCGCAACCUCGGUCUCGUCGGCCUGUACAAGGGCGCGUCGGCGUGUCUGCUGCGCGACGUGCCCUUUUCGGCCAUCUACUUCCCGACCUACAGCCACCUGAAGAAGGACUUUUUCGGCGAGUCGCCGACCAAGAAGCUGGGCAUCCUGCAGCUCCUGACGGCCGGUGCGAUUGCGGGCAUGCCGGCCGCGUACCUGACGACGCCGUGCGACGUGAUCAAGACGCGACUCCAGGUGGAGGCGCGCAAAGGCGAGGCGCAGUACACGGACCUCCGGCACGCAGCGCGGACGAUCUGGAAGGAGGAGGGCUUCACGGCCUUCUUCAAGGGCGGGCCGGCGCGCAUCUUCCGCUCGUCGCCGCAGUUUGGCUUCACGCUCGCGGCGUACGAGCUCCUGCAGACGCUGCUCCCGAUGCCUGGUAGUAAGCAGGAGACGGCGGCGCACGUCGGCGUGGCGGAGGCGGCGUCGUCCAUCAAGGGCCAGCUGGACACGAGCCCGUUUGCGCGCAGCCGGAAUGCGCUCAAGGUGAUCCUGGACCUGGACGAGGACUUUGGCCGGAUGAAGCUGCCCAACGAGCAGGGGUGGCGGUCGCUGCCCAAGGCUGUCGGUGGUUCGAAAUAG